AUGUCUUCUGGAGCUGGAUCCAGUGGUACUGGGCGAGGAAGAGGCUCCUCGUUGGCGGACAAUAAGCCGGAGAAUAAGGAAGCCAAGCCAAAUCCUAAAAUGUCAAAGGCAUUGGGUACUUCAGCUAAAAGAAUACAAAAAGAAUUAGCAGAAAUAACUCUGGACCCUCCGCCAAACUGUAGUGCAGGCCCUAAGGGAGAUAACUUAUAUGAAUGGGUGUCUACUAUCUUGGGCCCACCCGGGUCAGUCUAUGAAGGAGGUGUCUUCUUUUUGGACAUUCAUUUUUCUCCGGAGUAUCCUUUCAAACCUCCAAAAGUAACAUUUCGAACACGUAUUUAUCACUGCAACAUCAACAGCCAAGGUGUCAUCUGUCUUGAUAUACUUAAAGACAACUGGUCUCCUGCACUAACCAUCUCCAAGGUUCUUCUGUCCAUCUGCUCACUCCUUACAGAUUGUAAUCCAGCGGACCCUUUGGUUGGUAGUAUAGCAUCACAAUAUCUCCAAAAUCGAGAAGAACAUGAUCGUAUAGCACGACUUUGGACGAAACGGUAUGCUACAUGA